AUGCGGCCAGGCCUCUUGUCAAACCUCAUUGCCUGCGAUGGACUGGGCAAAUAUAUCUCCCUGAGCGACACCGUGGCCCGUGAUCAAUGCUGCUACCUCAACGAACAGAACUCCACGGCGUGUAGGAGGAUAUUCGCACCAACAACCGGCUUAUUCGACAGCGCCUGCCUCGGAAGCCCUGAAACAUGCCGUCUCUACGACCGCUGCCGGUCAGCUGAGAGUCUCUACACAUCAGCUGAGCAGAACAACCAAGUGGGAAACGGCUCGCUACUCCUCGCCCGGUACAAAGCCUGUGCCAAUCUUCCCAUCAUCGCCUCCUUCUCCUCACAAGGCCUACUCAACUCCACAAUCGAACAAGUAGUGCAGAAGCACUUGCGGUACGGGCCCAACGAAAGCGAGUUUGAGGCCAGCCAAGAGGAAAUCACCCUCGCGGUGACCGACUGCUUAUCGGCAACCUGCAGCAGUGCGCGGGACAACAGCGACUGCUACAGCACCGCCUGCUCGCCAGUGAAACUGAUUACCAACAACACAAUCCCGAAUAUCUGGGGAAUCAACGAAUGUCUCAACAAUGUUUGCAAUGCCGACACGGGCGCGUUGCCCUGGGCUGAUGCGGAUAUCGUGGGUGUUGGGGUCUUCUCAUCCUACGUGAUGCAAUGCGCGCUGGUCGCCAUCCUCUGGGCCGGCCUCGCCCUCUUCUCCUGGCACCACGCCCGCAAAGCACGCCAACCCGACAAACCCUCCCCAAAACCCGACCGACUGCUCCCCUCCCAAGAAUCACCCGACCACCACCCCUCCACCACCCCCCAACCCGAAAUCAACCGCCACUUCACCGCCUGGCUCGACCUCCUCCUCGAAUGCCACAAAGCGCAAUGCUACUUCGGCGGCACGCUCAUGAUCGCGGCCAUCGCAUCCAACCUCUCCACCGCCGACUUCGUGACCACCUUCCUGGUAACCCCGCUCGCCACCAACAGCAUCCUCCCCAUCAUCUUCAGCUACCUGCUCCUCGUCUACCACCGCGCCUCCUCCCCGGCCAUCACCCUGCUCACCACCACCGUCUACGCCCUCGCCUCCGCCGUCUACUGGACGCUGUACAUGCGCCUCCAACUCCCGCCGGGCAUGACGCGCGGGGAUAUGUACAAGCGGUAUAGGCUGAACAUCUCGGCGGUGGCGCAGUGUGGGGAGUAUUCCGGGCUGGCGGUGUGUCCGGUGGUGGAUACGGAGUCGGGGGAGUUUGCGGAGGGGAUCGCGGCAAGGACGGCGCUGCGCGUGCUGACGCCGCUGUUGUGGACGUGGUCGACGUUUGUGUUGGUGGUGGUGUUGCUGUGGCCGGUGGGGGCGCGGCUGCUGCGGGCGCGGCGGCGAGCGGGGUUGGAGAAGGGGCCUGGUUUGGGUUCCGGGAGUGGGGGGAUGUUGCCGUGGCAGCGGGCGGGGUUUUGGUUCGCGACGUUGGUGUUUUUGGCCGGGGUCGGGAUGCAGAUCUCGGUGCUGGCGACGGCGAUUAGGUUGGAUAUGGUGGAUGCGCGGGGCUGGAGCUUUGGGCAGGUGGUGGCGGUGACGGUGUGGAUUCCGCCGCUUUUGGAGUAUGUGUGCGGGGAGAUUAAUUGGUGA